AAUGUAAUUAAACUUGAGCUUAGAUCGAUUAUUAUUUCAGUUGUACAUUGAGGUUCUCGGGUAAUAAGCUUUUGUUAUUUUUCGCUUCGCUCAGUCAAAUGAAUUUUGUUCGUUGAUGAAAAGUCAUCACUUUAAUAGCAAAUAUCGUCAUGUUUUCCAGCGAAAUAAAUUUCAUUCAUUUGAUUUUAAUUGUAUUGAAUUUUUUUGUGGUGAAAAAAGUUUUCCAAUUUUUCAAGUAUUUCAAUCAUUUUCUUAAACUUCCAAAGGAUCCAAACUGUUCAUUUCUCUUUGGUGAUUUACUUCAAUUCUUACCUGGUUUUUGGAACUCAAAAUUGACGCCAAUUGCUAUAACUAAUUUUAUGAUUUCGAAUGCUUCAAAUCACCAAAUCAAAUCGGGUUUACAUGCAUUUUGGAUUGGAUGGUGGCCUUUGGUUAUGAUUAAUGACCACAGAUCUAUUGAGGCUUUGAUUAGUAAAAGUAACAUAAGCAAGCCCAGUUUUUAUAAAUUUUCUGGACUUAAAGAGGGUUUGAUAACUUCGAAAGGUGAAAAGUGGAAAAUGAGACGAAAAAUGAUUGAACCUUUUUUCGUUAGUAAACAACAGAAAAGAUUCGCACUGACCAUUGACGAAGUAUUUGAUUCAUUGGUAAACGAAGAUGAUUUUUGUAACCAGGGAAAAUAUUUAACUCUUUCUAACAAAGUUAUGGCAGCAACAGGUGAUAUCAUCAUGAAAGUGACCACCGACCUGCCGUUAGGCUCAGAGAAAGAGGAAAAACUUCAUACGACCAAGACUAUCAAACUCAUGGAAUCGGCUUUGCUAACAAGAUUAUGUAAUCCCCUCACGUGGAGUGAUAAUAUUUUCCAUGUUACAGAAUUGGGUAAAAAGUGUACCAAUAUGACGAACAGGGUUUAUAAAUUUGUCGAUUUUUGUGUUGACCAGAAUUUGAAACAUCAAUCUACUGAUAUUGAUCAGCCUUAUUUUCUUAAAUCACCUUGUAAUUUCGUCAACAUGCUAAGUAGCUCUAACAAAGGUAUGAUCGAUUCCGAAGGGAUCAGUGCAGAAUUGCUCACCAUGAUUGCAGCGGGUUAUGAGACCACGGCCACUGCUCUUGACUGGACAUUGUUCAUCUUAGGAAAUCGUCUGGAGAUCCAAAAAAAGUUAUAUCAAGAAAUUUCAUCGAUAUUUGAUGAAAAAGAAUCUGUGAAUGACACCGAAAAGGUUAAUAAUUGUGAUUAUCUGGAUAAGUGUAUCAAAGAGUCAAUGAGACUUUACCCGCCAGUAUCAUUGAUAGCAAGAGAAUUAGAUGAACCAAUGGAGAUUAACAGUUACUAUUUGCCAAAAGGAACCACAGUCGGGGUCAACAUUUUAAGCAUUCACCGAGAUCCAAGAAUUUAUCCCGAUCCAACUGAAUAUGACCCAGAGCGUUUUGACCCAUCAAAUGCACAAAACAUUCCCAAAGGAGCUUAUAUACCUUUUGGAGUAAUGCCAAGAAAUUGUAUCGGUUUUCGUUUUGCGCUAAUCGAAAUGAAAAUUUUUCUCAUUCAUUUGAUAAGAAGAUAUGAAAUUUUCUCAGCCAAGAAACUUGAAGACGUUUCUUUGACAAUGAAGACCAUUCUAAAGCCUUCAUGCCCUUUGGAAAUUAUGCUUCGAAAACGAGUCUAUGAAUAGUGAAAUGAGAACCACGUUGAGUCCAUCAUGUCCAUUGAAGAUUAGCCUUCGAAAGCGGAUCGAUUCAUGGUAAAUGGGUUCACGGUAAUGAUUAAGGAAUAAUCAGGAUUCAAUUAGCAGAUUGUUUGGAUCAAUUUUUGAUGUUUCUGUUUAACGAGUUUGGUUAUCUGAUAUUAAGCUAAACUGUUAUUUAUCAACUAAAGGGUGUUGCAGUUAAACAUGGUAAAUUAUCUUACCUUAAAUUGUGAUAAGGAGAUGACGAUUUAAUUCAAUUGUUUACAUUUUUCUAGAUCUUAUAUAACUUUAUGCAACCAAACAGCAAGAUAAUUGUAAUCGUUUACCAAUGAUGUUCAAUUAAUGAAUAAAAAAAUGGAUUGGUUGGUCAA